UUUUUUUUCCUUAUCCUUUAGGGCGCUGGUUUUCUUUUUUAGUUCAUAUUGAACAUUUUUUUUUCUUCUCUUUUCUUUCUCUUAUUCAAAUUGUUCACUUGUUUGGGCUUCUUUCGCUUUGCUUUUUUCUGACCAGACAAACGCCCCGUCUUAUAACCAUACCAAAGGAGAAAAACGUACCGUGUGACUGAUCAUGAUGCAAUCGUCGCCAUCGCAUCAACAACAGUCGUUGCCGCCUGUGCCACCUCCUAAGCAACCGGACUACUCCACGGCCCCGUUGCCACCCAAACAUAUGGAGAAUCACCCUGCGACUUUUGCGUAUCCCAAUCCACAAUACCAUUACCGUAAUGAUUCGGCGGCAUCGUUGCCUAUUACCCGUCAGGCCAGCCCUCACUCUCCUACACCGACCUCUCGCACGCCACCAGGCACUCGUUCAAGCUCGAUCAUGAAUAUGUCCGUUGCCGGCAGUGAUCAGCUGUUGGACCACUCGCACCUGAAACCAGGCACCAAAGCAUCGCUUCUCUCUUACGCGCAAACCAUCAAUAUGUACAGAGAAAACGCCAAAAAGACCAAUAAUCCUGACAUUCAAUGUGAUUUUGCUAUUUUCAUGGUGGAAGCCGCCAAAUCGGUCGUGGAUGAUGAUGUGACUCGUUGGGAAUACCUUGCUGAGGCAGAGAAGCUGUUAAAACAAUUGGCCGCACGUGGCCAUGCAGAAUCUCAGUACUAUCUCGGUAAUCUUUACGCUUCUGGUUUGCUGAGUAAAAAGGGCAAGAAUGAGUUCGACAAGGCCUUUCCUCUUUUUGUCCAGGCCACCAAACAUCAUCAUGCUGAUGCUGCAUACAGAGCUGCAAAAUGUUAUGAAGACGCAUUGGGUUGUCGCAAGGACAGUGCCAAGGCGGUUCAAUUCUAUAGAAAAGCGGCGACAUUAAAUCAUCCUGGAUCAAUGUACCGAUUAGGUGUAGCGGAAGUGAACGGCGAAUUAGGGAUUUCCAAAAACCCACGCGAUGGUGUGAAGUGGUUAAAACGGGCGGCGGAAGCGGCCACGACGGAGUAUCCGCAUGCCGUUCAUGAGCUUGCGUUGUUGCAUGAAAAGGGGAUUGACAAUGUGGUAUUUGUGGAUCUGGAAUAUGCGGUGACUUUGUACGCUCAAGCGGCCGAUCUUGGUUACGCGCCAUCGGGAUUCCGACUGGGCGAGUGCUAUGAGUACGGAAAAUUGAACUGUCGGCAGGAUCCCGCCUUAUCUAUCCAUUAUUACACGAUUGCGGCGCAACAGGGGCACCGUGAGGCUUGCUUUGCCUUGACAGCUUGGUAUUUAGUGGGGUCACCUGGUGUUCUCCCUCAGUCGGACGAGGAUGCUUAUUUAUGGGCACGUCGAGCGGCGGAAAAGGAGCUUCCGAAAGCGGAAUAUGCUGUGGGCUAUUUCACUGAAGUCGGUAUUGGUACCCGAAAGAGUCCUGAAGAAGCCAUGAAUUGGUACCGAAAAGCGGCUCAGCAUGGCGAUAAACGAGCGAUUCAGCGAUUGCAAGGCAAACCGACGGACCAACAGAAACCGAAAAAGAAAGGAAGUUCGCAAGACGAUUGUACCAUCAUGUAGAAAGAAAGAGAAACGCGAUCAGCCAAGGACACAAAGAGAACACGUUUUCCAAAAGUAAUGCAGGUUCCUCAGAACUUGUUGGAUCUAUCUAUCUAUCUUAUCUUGUUCCCAUCUAUAUAUCUAUAUUUACGCGCACAUAUACACACAAUACGCACAAAGAUCGAUCUCGCAACAACAGCACAUACAUAUACAGACAUUUUUUCACACUCAAGACUCAUAUCUUUCUUUUGUCGGUUCCUGAUUUCUUUUUUCUUUCUUUGUUUGUUUAUUGUUUGUUUGGCUUUCUUGUUUUAUUAUUAUUGUUAUGUAACUGGACGCCAAAAAAAAAGUUAAUAAUAUGGAUUGUAGCAUUGUUAUUGCUCGAUUUAGACA